UCUCUGUGUGUAUAAAUAUGAGUGAUUGAAGGAGGAGCUGCAGCUCUUCUGCUGCGUCUCUCUCAUUGAACAGAAAAUCUCUCCAACAGCAGCAUGCUGCCACCAAACCUAUUGAUAUUGUCGAUGGUCGUCUUUCUGGCAACAACUGUGUCUACAGCUCCUGUGGAGGAGAAGGAGCAGGAGGAGCUGGAGGUAGAAGCCACAGAGGAGGUGGAGGGGGAGCUGUCCGAGGAGGAGGAGGAUGAUGAUGACUCCAAGAGUCAGGAUAAGAUUGAUGAGGCAGGAGUUGUUGGCGUGCAGCAGACCACCACGGCGGCAGCAGCAGCAUCCGGAGGUUCAGGCAUCUUGUCCAACAUUCAAGAUCUGAGUGCUUCCAGCAGUCAGUCGGCGGGAGGAGGAGCAAAUGAUGGAACAGCAGGAAGUUCUGCAGGUCACGCAGGUGAUUCUUCUUCUGUGGACUCAUCAGCAGCUGGAGGUCCGAGCAGCUCAGCAGCUUCACAACCAGCAGGUUCUUCCGGUUCUCCAGCAGCAGCAGUGGAACUCUCUGGUGUCUCUCAGACUCAACCUGCAGGUUCUGAUGGACUCGACUCAGAAUCCAACGGAAAUGGACAGAAGCUGCUGAAUGGAGGAGGAGGAGGAGGAGGAGGAGGAGGAGCUGACAGUCAGACAGGAACCAUCGACCCAUCCAGUAACGACUUCCUGCUCGGCUUGAUGGAGACCCAACAGUACCACCAUGAGCAAGACCUUGGCGACAAGGGCAAGGAAAAACUGCCUGUUAAAAGGCAGAAACCUAGGACAGAUCCUUCGGCUCUAGGUCACAUGGCUCUGCCCACUCAGCUAGACGCUACAGUUAUCAGUUCAGGGUUGACAGCGGCGCCAUCAGCAGAUCAGAACAGCGGCUCCAGUCUAGACUCACCUGCAGAUCCUGCUCAUCACUUUGACAUCAGCAUUGAUCAAUCAGGACCAGAUCACACCUCUCUGAGCUCAGGACCUGACCAAUCACAGUCAAGCUCUGUCUCAGGCUCCUCCCACUCCGCAGCCCUGGGAGCAGAUGGAGCCGACUCACCUGAUGCACACGGAAACGGUCGACAGACUCUGCUGAUGGACUCAAACGCAGUUACUGAUCGACUCGUUUCCUUCAAUGAUCUUCAGACUCAGAACCUCCAGAUUGAUCUCACAGAUGUUAUGGUGAUGUCAUCAGAUGGAGCAGACUCAGUGACCGGUCUUCACAUCGACCUCACAGCAUCAGGUCUCGGACUCAGCCAUGAUGUCACAGAGUCGUCACCUGUUGUCCUGCACAGCCAAUCUGUAGACGCGUUCACACACACACUACGCCCAGGUGGUUACUCCUUCACAGACCUGGUUACCGUGGCAACAGACUCCACAGGUACAGACACAGUUUCAGCAGAUCCAACAAGAAGUCCACUCGACUCCACUGUGUUUCCUUCAGGUCAUCCAGCUGUGACGGCUCACACACAGACGGCUGGUACAGUCACUGAACAGUACAACCCAUCUGGUCAGGGUCCUGAAGGUGCAGAAAAUGUGGAACUGGAGGAUACCUGCUGACUUCCACAUCAAGCCGCGAGUUCGAUUCCUGCGCUACCGAUUCCAGUGUACUGACCAAUCAGCUUGGCCCAGGAAAUCAGACCCCUCCCACUAGCUGUAGGCCCCGCCCACUGAACAGCAGCAGCUCCGUGGUGUUUAUGAAAUAUUUAAAGUUUGUUUAUAGAUGUUGGUUUUAGAGAAUCAGUGAGUGGAAACCAAUCAGAAUAAAGUUUCAGCUGGAUCGCCACUGACACGCUGUUUUAAGCUGAUGACAUCAUACAGGAUGUGACAUCACCUUCACUGUCAGACUGUAAAAUGUGGUUUUAAACAUCUACAAUAAAUGUUUUUUUUCUAUUUUGAACAUCAAA